UAAUCUAAAUAGUAUGUGCAAGUGGGAAAUAAUCACCCUUGUGGUACUGUCCAGUUUUUCGGCGGUAAAGUGCUUUGCUGAGAAAGUCGAUUGCUCAUUUAAUGGAACGCAAACGGAUUGCCCCACAGCUUGUCCAGAAUCGUGUGAUUCCAAAGGCAAGCCCAAUUGUACUUUGAUAUGCGGAGGUCCUUGUGUCUGCAAGCCAGGAUAUGUUGUGAAUAGAAUGAUUCCUUCCUGUGUACUGAGAUCUGAUUGUCCAAGAAACGUAUUACAAAGCGACAGAGCCCGAAGACUGGCGAAUUUUAAUUGCUUUAGUGGGGAAAAUACAUGCACUCAAUUAAAACAUAGUAGGCGAAAUAGUGACUAACAAA